AUGGCAAUAAUGCAGGACAGGAAUAGUGAGGAGGUGCCGCGCGAGUUCCUCGAGACCGGACGGACAGGGCGGAGGAACGCUAUGCCUGACAUCCUGCACCCACAAGGCGCAGAAGUAACUACGGCAGAUUUGCCUUCCCGGUUGCAACAGCUGGCCACUACUGAUCCAGAGAAUCCGCAGCCAAGCACUUCAAAAACUGAUCUCGAGUCUGUCAAAGACGACGAAUCAAGUAAAAAGGGUAGCUGCAGUUGA